AUGGACCGACUGCUGGGAUCUAAACGAUCAGCCCGACGAGCACAGAACACAAAGCUCGUCAACGAGGUGGAUGCCCUGCUCAAACAAUCGGAUGUCACCGAGACGGCUUUCAUCGCCUUCCGGGAUCGACUUACCGCAAGCAACGACCCGCUCAAGCAGCUCAACGUACAGAUCGAGCCCCACCUUGCGAACGACGAGCUCGAAGCGGAAUUUACAACUGUAAACGACUACGAGGAUCAAUGUGUGAAAGUUCUCAGCGAGAUACGGAGUAGACUUGCGUCUCUACAAGCGUCAACGGGUGAACCAUCAACUCAGGGGCCGACGACCCAGCGGGAAACGCCUUACAACGGUGGUGUGAAACUCCCCAAGCUGCAGAUGAUGCAGUUCAAGGGAGAAUUAGCACAGUUUUGGGAGCAGUUCGAAGCGGCUAUUCACCAGAACGAAGGCUUGUCCCCGGUGGAGAAAUUCCAGUAUUUCCGUUCUCUGCUGAUCGGGCCUAUGAUGACGGACAUCCUCCUUGCAGCACUUCCGCCCGACAUCGUUGUGGAAUACCACCGCGGGGCAAGCAACGACCCACACGGUUCAGAACUGCGUGAGGAUGACUCUGCUACCAUUGUGUCACAAUCUUCCGCGGAAACCACGUCCGAAGCCUCCGAAUCGUCGAAAGAGAUGUCGGGGCUCUUGAACUUUUUUGCGCAUGGACGUUGA